AUGACUGCCCACGAAGUCGAUGCUGGCCACGCUAUGCCUUCCGAGAUGAACGACGAUAAAAUCAGACCGCCUUCGGUCCACAACGAGAUAUCCUCUCUCAAGGAACAGGCUUUGACGACGCACGAAGUUUUCAAGGAUACGGAAGAUGGCGUCCAGUUCCGCACAGUCACUUGGCAGAGCGCCACGAUCAUGUUCCUCAAGAUCCAGUUCGCUAUGAGCAUUUUGAGUGUCCCCGGAGCCUUCGCCACCCUUGGUGCCGUAGGCGGUGCUCUUUCUCUUGUUGGAUGGCACGUUCUCAAUACUUCUUUGGCUGACAUGUGCGGUCGCCUCUGGGGUCGCGUCGGCAAGGAACUUGUAGGGUUGCAGAUCCUCAUUGCCCAAGUCCUCAUUUCUGCAGCGGGUAUUGUCUCCAUCUCGACAGCAUUCAAUGCCCUGUCCAAUCACGGAGCAUGCACCGUCAUCUUUACCCUGGUGGGUGCAAUCCUCAUCACCAUGUUCUCUGCAGUGCGAACGUUCAGCCGCCUGGGCUGGCUCACCUGGUUUGGCUUCGCCACCUUCUUCAUCGCCGUCUUCAUCUUCGUUGUUGCUGUCACCCAACAAGAUCGACCUGCCGUCGCUCCUCCCGGUGACUUCGAUCUCGGCUGGACAGCGAUUGCCUACCCAACGUUUGUUGCUGGUAUCACCGCAAGCGCAAACAUCUUUAUCAGCAACAGUGGAUCCUCAAUGUACCUCCCAAUUAUCUCAGAGAUGCGUCGUCCGGAUCAGUACAGAAAGGCUGCUUUGGUGACCGGUGUUCUCGUUUUGGCGAUGUAUCUCUCGUUCUCACUGGUCAUUUACCGGUGGUGUGGUGUUUGGCUCGCGACUCCUGCCUUUGGAAGCGCUGGCCCUUUGUUCAAGAAAAUAUCGUAUGGUGUUGCGCUUCCUGGUCUGAUCAUCGGUGUCGGUAUUUACCAACAUGUGGCGGCGAAAUACCUCUUUGUGCGCAUCCUGAGAGAUUCGCAACAUCUGCAGGCAAACACCGUCAUCCACUGGACAACCUGGAUUGGCAGCAACAUGACGCUCGGAAUCCUGGCGUUCAUCGUGGCAGAAGCCGUCCCUAUCCUCAACUAUCUUCUCGGACUCGCGGGCGCUCUCUGCUUUGCUCCCUUCAGUCUCAUCUUCCCGGCUUUGUUGUGGAUGCAGGACUUUUCGUCAUACAGAAAGGGAGGUGUAUCAAAGAAAGCAAUGUACGGGUUUCACGUUUUCGUCGUCCUUGUGGGCCUGUUCAUGGUGGUCGCCGGAACUGUGGCCGUGUCCAUCAAGGACGCGUAUGCAUCGGGGUUGAUUUCGAAAGUUUUCAACUGCGCCGACAACUCCGGGACAAUCUCCUGA